AGAGAGUCACCAGACAUCAGUGAGAAGAGAAGUUUUGAAGAAUAAAGUAAAACAGGUAAAAAUAAAAUUGAAUGUGGCUCAAAAAAUCUUUUUAAAAGAAGAAAUGUAAAGAUUUUUCACAUCUGUAGCAGUGAUGUUAUUCUGUGGAGGGAGAGACUGAACGUCUCGAGCAACGAACAUGUUUGUUCUCAUCUGGUCGGCUCUGUUUGUCUCUGUAAAAGGAAGCAUUGCUGAAACGGGUGCCUCUCCCUUGGUGCAACAACACUGUGGCAAAGGAUACUGUCUUAAUCUCACUGAGCGAGAACUAACAGCAGAGGCUGGACUCUGUGUUGUGAUCCCGUGUUCUUUUACUACUGCUGAUGAGUUUACACCCAAACAUAUAGUUUGGUACAAAUGUAUAGCUCAACAUAGGUGCUGUGAAGCUGACAUAAUAUUUCACAGCAACAAAAACACAGACAAAAAAGCUCAGGCUGAGUUUGAAGGACGAGUCUCACGUUUGGAGCCUGAUGUGACUCAAAAAAACUGCAGCAUCAUCAUUAAUGAUCUGAAAGAGUCUGAUUCUGGAUCAUAUCAGUUCAGAGUUACCGGUGAACUGAAUGGAAAACAAGAUGGAUUCACAUUCAUUCCAAGAGUAUCUGUCUCAGUUAAAGGUCUUAAUCUGAAGCCCAGAGUAAUGAUUCCCACACUGACAGAGGGACAGCAGGCCACACUGACCUGCACUGCUCCUGGUCUCUGCUCUGGAUCUGUUCCUGAAAUCACCUGGACAUGGAGAGGAGCAGGAGGGACUGAAUCUUACAUUACAGGAAACAGCACUAAUUUCAAGACUGAGAAUCUGGCGGCUUUCACACAAAGACACAUCUCAACUUUGACCUUUAACGCUUCAUCUGAACACCACAACACCAGUAUCACUUGCAAGAUCAACUUCACAUGUGGAAAAACUACAGAGGAGACUUUGACAGUAAAUGUGAAAUAUAAGAAAGAAAUUACAAUCAGUGGUGUUACAACCGUUAAGGAGGGAGAUGUUCUGAAUCUGACCUGCAGUGUUGAAAGUUUCCCUCCAUCCGUGAUUGUGUGGUCUAAACUUGGUUCUGACACAAACCUGCACAAUGACACUGGAUCAGCUACACUUGUCAUCCAUAAUGUAACAUCAGAACAUUCAGGACAGUACAUCUGUACAGUAAAACAUCUGGACACAACUCUGAAUUCAUAUGUUGAUGUAACUGUGACUUGGCAUACAAAGAUACAGAAUGGCUCAGGAUGUGUGCUUCAGUCUGAGGGUUUGACCUGUGUGUGCAUCAGUGAAGGCUUUCCUUUGCCUAACAUCACAUGGCCUCUGUUGACUCACCACACUGAGUACUCUGUCAUUACUAGUGUAUCAAACCACACAGUCAACAGCACUGUCAGUCUCACUGUAAAAAACCAUGGCAACAGCACUGUUGAAUGUGUCAGCAACAAUGGAAAUGGAGAAGAAAGAGAGAACCUGCUGAUUAAUAACAACUUGUCCAAAAAAGAUGAGCCGUCAUCGGGUCUUAGGUGGCGAUUUCUGGAAAUUAUCAUUGCAUUUUUGAUUGGUGCAGUUCUUUCAUCAGGUGUUUGCUUUUUGGCCAAAAAGUGUUACAGGAAAGAAAUGACGAGUUCUGGACAUUUGAAUGACACUUUUGUGAUGCUGACACGUCCAGAUGAUCCACUGAUAUAUGAUGCUCAAGCAUUACAAAACAACCAGACCCUGAACUCAAACAGUGGGACAAACGAAGUGAAAUAUGCCACCAUUGAUCUUUCCCUGUUAAAAACACACAGCGGCAGAAAGGCAGCAAGGAUGCGAGAAAGCACAAAGACGGAGUACGCUGAAAUUAAGAAGGUAAUAAAAAAAGAACAAGAAGAUGAUGGUGGAGACGACGGUAAAAUGUUGGAGGGGGAGAUGAAACAUUGUGAAACAGAAAAGAAGGACGAGGAAGAUGAGGCAGUGUACUCCACUGUGAAUGACAUAACAGAUGAUAUUUGAGGAAUUCUUAUAGUUGCUAAGGAUAAAUAUUGAUCUCUUCAGAUGUAAUGGAUGGAUGGAUGGAUGGAUGGAUGGAUGGAUUUCCAUUUUGUGUUGGAAUAACUAACUGUAGGACAAUUUUCUCUAUACUGUAAACUUCACAAAUAUUAACAAAUCAAAUCUUACAGAAUGUUAGCUUUGAAUAUCGUGCUCUGCAGUAGUUUAAGGAUUACAAAUAUUAGAAAAAUGUUAUGGUUUAGCAAAUUUUAGAUACCUAUACUGCUUUACUAUAAAAUCUUGCCCAGUGACAUUUAGUAGUAGCAGUAAAUAUAGUGGCUUAUCUUUUGCUUGACUCUAUUCUUGAUGUAUUUUGCAGAUUUUUAACGGUUUAAGUUUCCAUUUGGCAGAUGGCCAACACUGACAUUGUCUGGUUAAAUAUAUUUGAAAGUGUGUAGCCAAAGUGUGCCAAAUAACCUUUGGAAUUUUCUUUUUGUGUUUUCACAAAAUGCCCUUUUACACGAUGUAUUGUGUUU